AUGGUGCAGUCAACACUUAACCCAGCCAAUUUCACGCAUUACGAUCAACAAAAACAAAGCUGUCUGUUCUCUGUACUCCCCCCUGAGAUUCGCUAUGUGAUUUUCUCCUGUGCACUGGCCAGCACUCUGGACAUGACUCAAUCGUUUGAUAAUCAAGGAUACUCUACUCGGCCCGGCUACGAGGCUCAUCACCGCACGUGGACAGAAUUGCUGCGGACAUGCAAAAGGGUCUACAUGGAGGCAUGGUUCAUGCCAUUCAUGGGUUCAGAGCAUGCCUUCUACUUGGCAUGGAGUGAGCGAUCGCCUCGCCGAAUGACUAGUAAACAGAAAAUGCAGCAAUACCUCAACGCGAUCCAUGACCGACACGGCGAGGUACACACAGGUCGCAUCCGGAUCUUUGCUCAGCAAUGUGAGCUUCGUGCUCCAUUCAAAGGAAUCUUCACGAUGCAACACUUCCAUCCCAUAUCUGUCACAGUUACUAUUCGCUAUACAGAUACCUGGUCAUGGGAAAAUAACGAUGCUCUCAAUAUCGGAGCGAGCUGGACUAAGGAUAUGAUUCUACCAGCUAGUGUAACUAGCUUCAGUCUUGAUGUUGAAAGUCUCAAGCGUCGGAGCGCUGAAGUGGACUGGGUUGCGCAGCAGGCCUCUGAGAGAUGGCACUUCACCCGCAACGAUGGUGUUCUUCUUCUUUCGUGUCCAGAUGAUAUUUCCAUCUCGCAGUGGACAGGUAGCUCUGUGCUAGGCGAGGAACGCUGGAUUCGGGAUGAAGUGCAGCCUGGUCGUCUUGAUUACUAUGUCGGAACAAUCACAUGGCGGCCCUCAAAUGAGCCUCUGGGUGGACGCCCAGCUGAAAACGAAACUCUUGAAUAUAGUGAGACUCUUGGAUAUAAUCAUCAUCGUGUUCCGCCGCCUUGGAGGCCUUGGAAUGCCAUCAAUGUGCAUGACUUGAGGAGAGCGAACAUCUCUCUCGAUACUCCACCAGAUCAGGUGUGCGAGCUCUACCAGAGUUGGCUGAAUGGCACGCAACCUGGGAGCAAUGAAGGCAGCGAGGGUGAAGAAAGUGAAAGUGAAGAAACCGGGAGUGAUUCAUAUAAUGAGAGCGCUGAGUAG